AUGCCCGUGUUACUUUUUCUGAUAGACACGUCCGCGUCAAUGAACCAGCGCACCCACCUGGGCACUACCUAUCUGGACAUAGCGAAAGGCGCUGUUGAGACUUUCAUGAAGGUAUUGUAACCCCGAGACGAACCGCCCCACAAGACCCGAUAAUCUUGUGGUAAAGUUGCUAACUAACCAUGACAAAAUAAUCACUCGAUAACCGUUUAUUAUUCUUUCCACAGCUCAGAGGCAGAGAUCCUGCUAGCCGAGGGGACAGGUAUAUGUUGAUAAAUCUUGAAGAUGUUCCCCUCGGAAUAAAGGUACAGUUUAUUUUCGGUAAUGUCCUGCUUUACAUUACACAGUUAUCCCGCUUGUCUUCUCACAUUCCGAUCACCAUAUCAAUUGUGUGAAAUCUUAAGACGGAGCUUUCAUACCCACUUUAAAACAUGGCCGACAUUUUGUUUCAGGGUGAACAGCAUGGAAGUCUGGGUGAUAUUUAUACAUCUAGAUAGCUGCUUAGCGAGGUGGGGUCAACUUGGAGAGAGGGGUUGCUGCUAACUUGCCAGCGGAGAACUCACUUUGUCUUACUAGUUUACCAUUUUGUCUGAACAGCUUAUUAUGGUUAAUAUGAUAGAGUAGCAAGGAAUAAGUUGUAAAUCUGUUGACAAUGUUUAUGGCAAAUUUAAAGAAAGGGGGAAAAAAGGAAAUUACAUUCUUUGAUAUGUUUAUCAAGGCAAUUACAUUGUAAAAGUGUAUUGAUGACCUGAUCCUAGAAAUCCAUCAAUGUUGUGUCAGACAAAAUAUAUAAUAUAAGGCCUAUCUUGUUGCAUGCGUGUUGUUGAUGACAAAAGUGUCUCUUUCCCUAUUUCAAAAGGCUGGAUGGAAAGAGAGCCAUGCCACAUUCAUGAUGGAGUUGAGGAACCUUCAAGCAGCAGGACUCACAACUAUUGGCCAGUCUUUGAGGACCGCUUUUGAUUUGCUCAAUCUCAAUAGAUUAGUGUCUGGGAUAGACAACUAUGGACAG